GCGGUGAGUGUGAAGCGCAGAGCAGUUAGAACCGAAACACUGAAAUCGGACCCGUUGUUUGUAGACACCGUAAACCCGAACGAGUGAUUCUUCUCCGUAAACGCCGCGCUUUUUGAGCCGACGCCGGGUCCGAGCGGAGAAAGCAGUCGUUUCGUCUUGUAUCUCCGCGUAAAGCCGGUCCCUCCUCCUGAGGAAACUGCUAGCUAGCCGCCGAGCUAACGCUACAGCUAGCCGGAGCACGGAGCGGCUAAUCCCAAACACAAAGGACGAAAGACUUCGCCGGGGUUUGUCGUAUUGGUCCCCAGACACUCCGUUGGAUGAGGGCACAGCCUCCUGCACAGGUUGAUCAUGGUGUUGACUGGGAAGCGUUCAGAGAAGGGUCCCGCCUGCUGGAAGAGGAGGGUGAAGUCGGAGUAUAUGAGGCUUCGGCAGCUCAAACGCUUCAGACGGGCCGAUGAGGUCAAGAGCAUGUUCAACACAAACCGACAGAAGAUCAUGGAGCGGACUGACAUUCUGAACCAGGAGUGGAAGACCAGGAGGAUCCAGCCCGUCCACAUCAUGACGUCUGUCAGCUCCCUGCGAGGGACCCGAGAGUGCACAGUGGACAGCGGGUUCUCAGAGUUCCCCCGGCAGGUCAUCCCCCUGAAGACCCUCAAUGCUGUGGCCUCUGUCCCCGUCAUGUACUCCUGGUCUCCGCUACAGCAGAACUUCAUGGUGGAGGAUGAGACAGUACUUCACAACAUCCCCUACAUGGGAGACGAGAUCCUGGACCAGGACGGCACCUUCAUAGAGGAACUCAUCAAGAACUACGACGGCAAAGUCCACGGAGAUAGAGAAUGUGGUUUCAUUAAUGAUGAAAUCUUCGUGGAGUUGGUCAGCGCUCUGGCACAGUAUAGCGACAACGAGGAUGAUGAGGAGGAGGAAGAACAAGACUUCAAGGUGGAUAAAAUGGACAUGUGUGACGGCAAGGAGCACCCAGAGGACGCCCGAAAGGACGGACUCCUCAACAACGACAGUCGAACCAAUAACGACGGCACCAGAAAGUUCCCCUCGGACAAGAUUUUUGAAGCCAUUUCCUCCAUGUUCCCCGACAAAGGCUCCACUGAAGAGCUCAAAGAGAAGUACAAAGAGCUGACGGAGCAGCAGCUUCCCGGAGCACUGCCUCCAGAAUGUACGCCCAACAUCGACGGGCCGAACGCCCGCUCUGUGCAGCGCGAACAGAGCCUGCACUCCUUCCACACGCUGUUCUGUAGACGCUGCUUCAAAUACGACUGCUUCCUCCACCCUUUCCACGCUACUCCGAACACAUACAAGAGGAAGAACCUGGAGAAUCUGGUGGACAGUAAACCCUGUGGCAUUGACUGCUACAUGUACCUGGUACAGGACGGGAUGGUGAGAGAGUAUCCUGCCGGUGUGGUUGCCGAGCGGGCCAAGACACCCUCCAAACGCACAGUGGGGCGUCGCCGGGGACGACUGCCCAACAGCAACAGCCGGCCCAGCACUCCCACCGUUUCCUCGGAAACCAAAGACACAGACAGCGACCGCGAGGGCAGCAAAGAAGACGAGAGGGAAAACGACAAGGAUGACGAGGAUAAGAAGGAUGAGAACACGAGCAGCUCAGAGGGAAACUCUAGGUGCCAGACUCCGGUGAAGAUGAAGCUGAGCGGUGAGGCUGAGGCGGUGGAGUGGAGCGGCGCCGAAGCAUCGCUCUUCAGGGUUCUCAUCGGGACGUAUUACGACAACUAUUGCGCCAUCGCACGACUAAUCGGCACCAAAACCUGCAGACAGGUUUACGAGUUCAGAGUCAAAGAGUCGAGCAUCAUCGCUCGCGCGCCAACUGAAGAUGAGGACACGCCGCCCAGAAAGAAGAAGAGGAAACACCGACUGUGGGCCACUCACUGCAGGAAGAUCCAGCUGAAGAAAGAUGGCUCGUCCAAUCAUGUCUAUAAUUACCAGCCAUGUGACCACCCGCGGCAGCCAUGUGACUCCUCCUGCCCCUGCGUCACCGCCCAGAACUUCUGCGAGAAGUUUUGCCAGUGCAGCUCUGAGUGUCAGAAUCGGUUCCCGGGUUGUCGGUGCAAAGCCCAGUGCAACACCAAGCAGUGCCCGUGCUACCUGGCGGUCCGGGAGUGUGACCCUGACCUGUGUCUGACCUGCGGCGCUGCAGACCACUGGGACAGCAAGAACGUGUCCUGCAAGAACUGCUCCAUCCAGCGGGGAGCCAAGAAGCACCUGCUGCUGGCUCCAUCAGACGUUGCAGGUUGGGGCAUCUUCAUCAAAGAGCCGGUCCAGAAAAAUGAAUUCAUCUCUGAGUACUGCGGAGAGAUUAUUUCUCAGGAUGAAGCAGACCGCAGAGGGAAGGUCUACGACAAAUACAUGUGCAGCUUUCUCUUCAACCUCAACAACGACUUUGUCGUUGAUGCUACGAGGAAAGGUAACAAGAUCCGCUUUGCCAACCAUUCUGUGAACCCCAACUGCUAUGCAAAAGUGAUGAUGGUGAACGGGGAUCACAGGAUAGGGAUCUUCGCCAAGAGAGCCAUCCAGACCGGAGAGGAGCUGUUCUUCGACUACAGGUACAGCCAGGCGGACGCUCUGAAGUACGUGGGGAUCGAGCGGGAGAUGGAAAUCGCCUGACUCUGACUUCUACCUCCUGUGGAUCAACGACACAAAGGCCUUACACACAAACACAAACAAACACCCCUCACUUCAGGAAACCAGACGACUUGUCACAAUUGAACGCUUCAGGAAUACUGGGAAUAUUUGAAGCAGAAUUUUGUUGCUCUUAUUGUUUUUUUGUUUUUUUUUCUUAACACUUUUCAUGUUUCUUUUUCGUGUGAUUUUUUUUUUUUUUUUUUUCCCCCAACCCUUGGAUUCAUGAAUCUUCCCUGUGCUGAAGGUGCAGAUCACCUGCGAACUGAGCGUUUGUCAUUUUGUAAAACAAAAAAUAUCUAUCUUUAGUGUCAGAGGAGACCAAACCACGACUGUCUACUUAAAAAAAAAGAAAAAGAAAAAAAAGGCUUUUUGUUCAAACUUCAGGGACCAAAAUCCUCCACCAGCCACUUCUUUCACCCAGCUGACCGGCUUCUGUUUGGUUUUAUCCAGUCGGAAAUUGUCAUUACAACAUGGGGAUGUUUGCAGAGCAGAGUCGCACACAUGGUUUGCAUUUUACCAAGCAAAAAUAACAAAAGUACCUAACAUGCACCUGCCUAAAAGUGAAAUUUUGAUGUUUUUCUUUGCCAUGUCCAUUAGAAAACUGAAUGUCUUGGGUUUUCAACUGGAAAAAAAAAACAGCAUAAGCUUGAACUUGACAAUGUGUAAGAUGUUGCUGCUGCUUUCUGACGUUGUAAUGACUAAGCUAUUCAUUCAUUGAAUUUUCGAUCUUUGUAUUUUAGAUUCAAAGAUUCUUUAUUGUCAGUUCACUAGAUGCACAGGACAUACAGAGAAUUGAGAUACUGUUUCUCUCACCUGGUUCAAUGUCAUUCAUUUAAAGAGGUAAAAAUAGAAUAAGAAUAAACAAUAAAGAAUAAACUGUAGCAGAAUAUAAAGUGUACAUGUCAAUCCAUUUUAGUUUGGCCAAUCAAAAUUAAUUUCUGCUUAGUUUUCAUAAUGUAAAUAAUUAGUUUCAUAAAAAUGUGUAAUUUACCAAAUUUAAAACAAAACAUUGGUGGUUGUUUUUUCCCACCGUUUAACAGUUGAUCAAGUAAUCAUUUAAAUAAGAGAAAUAUGAGGUUUUAGUCACUUAGUUUUAAAACAAAACUCAAAAAUUCAGAAGGUGAAUCUAUGCAAAUGUGGCAGUUUGAAGGUUUUUUUUAGUUUUUUUCUGCUGGAGAACUUGAUAUUCUAACUUGUUUAAUGUUUAAAAGGAUGAUUUACACACUUAACCUCAGAUUUUGGUAAGUUCAUAAACUCACUAUUAGUGGCAUAGAGUUGCAGUUAAAUACUUUAGAAACAAGGACUUCUGCUUCUUUUUUGGUGAUAAAUAUGAGAAAUUUUCAGAAAACAAGAUAGCAAAUGUGAAAAGACAUGUAAAACAGACAUGUUUCAUUUGUAAAUGCUAUUUCAAGAAGAAAAGUCCUACUAACAAAUUUAACAGCUCAAAUAAUAGUCACAUCAAUUCAGAAAACAUUUCAAUUUCAGUCAGUAAUUGAAUAUUUGUCAAAUGCUAAAGAUCAGUUUUAAAAACUGAUUACGAACCUGAACGUUUAUGAAAUGGUUAAAACUCUCACAGUUGAAUCUUCAGAUGUAUAUUCUCUUGUUUUAGCUGCUGUGACGAGCGAAGAAAAGCAUUGAAUGUUCACAUUUAAUGAGUUUCGAAAUGGCUGCAGAUUUUUUUUAUUUCGAAGGACUGAUCAGUGAAUGGACUUGACUAGAAACUGAGCGUUUGGUGACGAGUUAAUUAGAGCGACUUGAGAGCAAAUACAAGAUAUUUGCCUCAGUGUUAUUUAAGACCUUGAUGUUUUAUUGUAAACUUGGUAACUUGAGGGGAAAAAAAUGCAACCUGGGUUUCAUGCGACUCUGCUCUGCGAUGCUUCCUCCACCUCCGGUGCUAACACGAAUAAACACAAAGCAGCUGCGACUCCACCGCUUCCUUCCCGAACGUUCAUUGCUGCUGCUACCACCAUCGAGAACUAAAACCACAC